CAUACGUUUACAUUUUAGAUAAGAUAAUAACGAUAUAUUCAGAUAAAAAUAUAGGUGUGUUAAAUUUUCAUUUACUUAUUAAGAUUACAUCUGUUUUCAUACUAAAAUAUGGAGGAAAGUCAAGAAAAGGCAUUGGAAACUUUGGCCUUAAAUGCAGCAACGGAAAAAAUAGCAGACAGUAUUCUAAUAGAAAACUCAGUAAACCCCCAUGUGGGAAAUGUUUUUAAAGUAAUUAAUAUAUAUCAACCAUCCAGUUCAACUGAUAAAAAUGAUUCAGAAUCUUUUCAGAUACAGAGAGAAUGUUUAAUGAAUUAUUACAAGACUAAAAAUGCUUAUAUGAAAUCUCUGUUGUGGAGUGAAAAAAACAAAGACUUUCCCUUAACAGACUACUUCAUCGAACUUACUGUUCAAGAAGCAGAUUUCUUAUGUAAAAAAGCAGGAGAAACUAUUCAGUUUACACAGAUUUUUCCAAAAUCAAUCGACGAACAUGUUGUAUUGUUAGUCACUGCUGAUCCCGGUUAUGGCAAAACUACCUUUUGUAAGAAAAUAGCUUACGAUUGGGGUACCGAUACAUCCCGUACUGAUUACUUAGGACAUUAUGAUUUUACUGUUGUCAUUAGUUUGCGAGAAUUACAGAAAAAAAGUAUAACAGAUGAAAUUCUCCAAUGUAUCUGUGAAAAUACAGAUUCCAAUUCUAGAGAUAAGUUAAGACAAAAGGGAUUUAAUUUAUUAAUCAUUCUGGAUGGAUUCGACGAAACAGGUGAUAAAGAUUCAAUUAUACAUUUCAUUAAAAAAGAUUCAUUCCGUAUUUCUAAAAAUAUGACAAUUCUUGUUACUUGUCGUUCUCACAUUGCCGAAAAUAUAAGAGAAUACGCACAUAUGAGAUUCAUUAUUCAAGGAUUUUCACAACAACAAAAAGAAAAGUAUAUUAAAUUGGUUAUUAAUGAUGAUAACGGCAGACGGGAUGAACUUUUAAACUUGAUAAAAUUCAGCGAUUUUCAUUCCACCUUAGCUGAAUGUCCGUUAAUGUUGCAUAUGUUAUGCUGUCUACCAAAAACGAAAUACUUUUGCAAAAUAAAAACAAAGACAGAUUUGUUCAUUCAAAUCUUUCGUCUGGUGAUAAAAAGAUAUAUGAGGAAAAUGGGAGAAAAACAUAAUUUAGUAAAAGGAAAGUUUUUCUAUGGAGAAGACUUACUAGUUAAAUUGGGAGAAAUAUAUUUGGGCGAAAGAUCCAAAAUGAAUAAAAUGGAUAAGGCCGUAUUUAUGUACGAGACUCUAAAAUUUCUAACAUUAAAAGAUAAACAGUUAAGAAAACAGUUUCCAGAAGAAAAAGACUAUCAAUUUAUAUUAGGACUAGAUAUUUUUGCAAAGUAUUCUGAGGUAGACGGAAUUAGUUGUUUCCAUUUUAUACAUAGAAGCUUUCUUGACUUUAUCAUUGCUCUUUGUUAUUUCCAUUCAAUGCAAAUUGCUCAAGAUAGUGCCUAUGACUUUACAAUUCUAACAUUUCUUAGUGGUCUUUAUGGCGACAAUGAAUUUUCAAAUGAAUUUAUAUACACUAUUCAAGAGAAUAUUCACUCUAUUCCAAUUUGGGUUGAAUGUGUUAAUGAAAUUAAAAACAUAACGAACAAACAAUUAUUUUGUUCAAAUGCUAAAAUAUAUUUUGAUUUUACAUCUCUAGAAAUGAUGAGAUUUUUAUUUCAGCAACGUUUCUUUCACCUUUCUCAAAUUUAUUUUCUUUUUCCUGAGACAAAACAUUUCUAUGAAAUAGUUAGAAAAACACUAAUAGACUUACACCACAUUUACAAAAAUUCUGAUAAAUUGGAGAUAUUUUUACUUUUGGAUAAAAGUUUUAAAUUCGUUAAAGAUGAGGAUAGCUUUAAAAAUGUAACUUUUCCAGAAAAUAUUUGUGAUAUUCGUCAGUCCGUACGUCUCAUUCAAAAUUUAAUAAAUAGUUUUAAAUGGGAUAAAUUUAAAAUUUUCUUUAGUGGUGUACUUGUCCUUAAAUGUUCUAACUGCCCUGUUAUACAUUAUAACAUGUAUAAUUUUUUCAAAGAUGUCGAGAAACCUGCAGUAAUUCCGAAAUAUUUUCAACUGAAAUCACAUAAAACAAAUAAAAAUCUUGUUGCUCUCCUUAGCAAGGAUGAUUUAAUUGGAGAAGUCAAAUACUUGAUUUCUACUGAACAAUAUUUGAGUCUAAAAGAUAAUAUCAAGCUAUCUCCUGAUGAUAAAAGAACAGUAAAAAGCAAUCUGGCAUAAACUGUAUAUGUAUUUUUAAUAUCAUCGUUGUGAUUUUCAAAAUGUGAUAUAAUCACGUUUUCUGAAUUAAUU